UCGAUAGGCGGGAGGUACAGGACAGGAGGCCUCCCCUCCCCCUCGAACAAUCCAACCCCAGCCCCGAACUUUCCUGAGACACCCACGACUCCAAACCAGGUACCUUCUCACCUACUAUAGGGCUAGCUAGGCGAUCUCAUCGCUACCAACAGUUGGGGUUCUGAGUGCUGACUGCCAACUUGUUAAUGCAUACCUGGGUACCUACCUUCCUUGCAUUACUAUAGCAUGCGACUCCUGCAAAAACAUUGCCCCACCAAAAUACUCCUCCUCGUCUACUUGCUUCUCCCAUCAUCCCAACACCCUCGACACUUUCUCUGCCCUCAUUAACCCUUGGUACCCUGCACGACAAUCCAGUCCAGCUGUGUAGCAUUUCUCUUCCAUUUCCAUGGAGUUUGCUACACUCGGCCGGAGUGUCGCCCGGAAGGCUGCCCGGCAAGCUCCCUCACUUCGGUACUACAGUAUUGUCCACGAUGUACCUCGAACAACCGCAGCAAGUCUAAGCCAGACGCCUCCCCCGCCACAACCACAAUCUGUCUUUGAUCGUGCACUGAACGCCACCGGUCCUCGAAAUGACUGGACCAAGGAGGAGAUCUCUGAGAUACAUCAGCGGCCACUUAUGGAAUUGGCCUUUGCUGCAGGCACCGUCCACCGCCGCUUCCACAAGCCUUCUGCUGUCCAAUUGUGCACCCUGAUGAACAUCAAGACUGGUGGGUGUACGGAAGACUGUUCUUACUGCGCUCAAUCCUCGCGUUACAAGACCAACCUUGAGGCCACCAAGCUAUCCACCGUGGAUUCCGUUAUUGAAGCAGCCAAGAUUGCAAAGGCCAAUGGAUCCAACCGUUUUUGCAUGGGAGCCGCAUGGAGAGACAUGAGAGGUCGGAAACGGGGGCUCAAGAACAUUGUCGAAAUGGUCAAAGGUGUCCGUGGCUUGGGUAUGGAGGCAUGUGUCACCCUGGGAAUGGUGGAUAAGGAACAAGCCAAAGAACUCAAGGAAGCCGGACUUACAGCCUACAACCAUAAUCUUGACACUUCACGAGAGCAUUACCCCAACAUCAUCACCACUAGAACAUAUGACGAGCGUCUACAAACCCUGGAGAAUGUCCGAGAAGCUGGCAUCCACGUCUGCAGCGGUGGCAUCUUGGGACUGGGCGAAACACCUCAAACAGAUCACGUCGGCCUGAUUUAUACUUUGGCCACAUUGCCCGGCCACCCCGAGUCCUUCCCCGUCAACAAACUGGUCCCCAUCAAGGGAACGCCCAUGUUUGGUCAGGAGCCUGUCAAGUUGGAGGAUAUGGUCAGAGUGAUUGCCACCGCCAGAUUGGUCAUGCCAAAGACCAUCAUCCGAAUCGCUGCCGGUCGUGUCACAAUGCCCGAGAGUGAGCAGAUGUUGUGCUUUAUGGCUGGUGCUAAUGCCAUCUUCACUGGCGAGAAGAUGCUAACCACCGAUUGCAAUGGAUGGGACGAGGACAAAGCCAUGUUUGACCGCUGGGGUUUGUCACCCAUGCAAACUGAGGCGAGCAAGAUUGUCGAAGAGCCAAAGUUUGAGGCCCGAAGUUUCGACGAGAUGAGACAUCAGUCUCUGAAGGAUCAACAGAAUUCGGUUUCUGCAUCGGCAUAGAUUUCAGGCUUCAUGGAGAAUAAAAGCCCAGAACUGUAGAUACCUUGAUACGUCACACAAAAUUCGAGUAUAUUUAUGAUGA